UCAAUUUUUCCUUAUUCGACGUCGCGCUCCAAUUAAAUGCAACAAAAUUAUGUAUUUUGUGUUGAAUUCGAGCGAAAAAUGAAUCGAAAUCCGUCUUCUCGUAUCGAUAUUGAGGGAUUUUUCAAGCCUUUACUGCUGCAUCAGCAAAGUGUCGUUGUAAGUUAUGAAUUUUCUACGUUAGACGACGACCAGGAAAAACUUUUGGAGCUUUUUCGUUCACGUGCGAACAUUAUCAACCGUACGUACCCGAAAAAUUCGCCACUUACCGUUAUCGAGCAGGAACUAAUCGAGCUCUUCAACAAAUUUCUGUACGAAUGGCCCGACGGUAUCUGGAUGCACUACGAUAAGAAACGUCAAAAUCUUAUCGAAAACUUUUAUUAUGCCCUUGCUUAUGCGGAUUUCAAGUUUAGCGUCGACGAAAUUCAAUACAUCAUCAAUACAUGGAACAUGUGCAAGUCAAAUCGAGGUUCAUGCAACAAUUCCGGGUUUAUUUCGUCGAUUGUGGCAUUCAAAGAGCUCAAACAAUGCUUGAUCAUUAAGAAAAUGGGCGUGAAUCGCAACCGAAAUGCCUUGGACAAAAACAUCGAGAAACUCCAUUCGAACGGAUACGCCUUGGAAUCACUCCUGAACACAUUAUUGCAUCGUCAAGCCUUCGAAGUCAUCAAAAUGUUCUAUUUAGUGUACGAGAAACAGACAAGUUACAUCAGUUAUCGUGCCGAGGCCACUUAUAAAAAGGUUCUUGAACGCGUGGCACUCGACUUAGCCACAGGUAACAUCGAAAAAAUGGAAAAACAAAUCGAAUUUUUGCAUUUUUUGCUGGAUCAUCCGAAAGUUGGCAAAAAUUACAUCGUAAAAACGCAAACUUUCAAGGAACUCCAACGAUUGGGAGCGAAACGUGUCAUCGAAAUAAUUCUCAGCAAGAAACCUUUCGUGGGUGCCUUGGAUGAAAAUGGAGACUUAAUGAUGGCUGACAUCAACAAGCAGCAAUUUGAGAGAUUUUUCAAUUCGCUCGUUACGCCGCAAGUAAAUAACCGUCGCAUCAUCGAAAUGGACUUGUCUUGCUUCUUUCCGCCGCAAGAAGAGCUGGAUGCGAAUCCCGAAUAUAAUGAGAUGAAAUUUUUCUAUCAUCUGGCAGAUACGAGAGAAUUACGACCUUUGCUUGUACAUCCCGUGAUUGAAACUCUCAUCAACCUAAAAUACAAAAAAUUGAGCAUUUUUAAUUGGGACUUGAUUUUAUGGAGAGUUGUGGUACUUUUACUCGUUUUACUCAAUUAUUUACUGCCAUACACUGCGAUUCACGUAAUUUCAUGGAUUUCCUUCGGAUGCCUGCUUCUGAGUGAACUUUAUGCUUAUUUUGAGUCGCCAUCAAGGAUCAGGAUCUUCGUUUUAGGAUUUUUGAACACGACAACGCUCACAUUUCUCUUCUUCUUUUUGUACAAGGACUGCGUGACGAACGAUUGUCCGAAUGUCACGGGAUUCGGAAGUCUCCUGCUUGCCAUCAACAUUACUUUUAUCCUGUGUUACUUGUCGCAUCAUGUCUCGCUUUACGUUUUUAUGCUCUUUAGUGUUGCGAGGAACGCUUUUAAAUUUAUCGCCGCCAUCAGUAUCAUGUUAAUCGGGUUUGCCUACUGCCUGAGUAAGAAUUUUGGUGAAUUAGAGGGAUUCGAGUACAUUCAAACAGAUGAAAAUAAUACAGUUGUCUCACCGAACAUUGGGCACUUGGAAAAGACGAUCUUCAAGACGUUCCUGAUGCUGACGGGGGAAUUGGAAGCACGCGAUAUUCCGUAUUUGCAUCUUUUGAGCUAUGCGGUUUUCUUGGUUUUUGUCUUUUUUGUGCCAAUUGUGUCGAUAAAUCUCCUCAGUGGUUUGGCGGUAGGCGAUGUACAACAAAUUAUCUCAAAUGCGCGACUUUGGAGACUUACGACGAUCACAAUGUUUCUCUAUUGGUACGAAAAAGGGUUGGCGAGAAGGACUUCGUGUCAACGAUACAUCGAUUCAGCUCGAAUUUACUACAAAAAUAUUCGUUGCAUGCUGAGCUCAUUUUCGCUGAAAAACAUUUACGAAUACUUGAAAAUUUCACAAUUGAGCAUCUCCGCCAACAAAUGUUUGUACCAAGAUUUUUCCCAAAGCGGUAAAAUAACCUUCGAUCUUGCCAGUAAACGCGUCAAACUGCAAGACAAGCCGAUUUGUAGGAUUUCCUCACAUACUGCCCGCCAUACUGCCGAGACAAUUCACGAAGAAAAGAACCGCAAACGUCGAAGUCGUGAAGAAAAAAAGGAAAUUAAGGAUAAAGAAUACGCCAAAAAAACUGCCGGAAAUAUUUUGGACCGCUUGAAUAAAAUUGAAAGAAAAAUGGAAAAAUUAAUGCAACUUGAGACCGAAUUUCGGCAAAUUUCGAAUCACAUCGUGUACUUACAUGAAACGAGUCCUAAUCGUAAACUCUCGCCGACGAAGUUACUGCAACACAUAAAAAGUGCCCAACCGCCGCACGUUCGAAGAAAAUCCUUAUGAUUGCCUUUAAAAAAAAGUCUCAUUUGACGAAAAAAAAACUAGGAUAAAACUAUUUUUAUUAUUUUAUGUUUUUUUUUUAUUUUUAUUAUUAUUCGCCAUUCUCGGAAAUGGGAAAAGUGCAUUUUAAGAAGACGACUUGUGCAAUUUAUACAAAUAUAAUUAAAGAUACUUAAAAUAGAAUAAAAUAAGAUUUAUACGGAAA